AUGGAAGAAGAAGAUAAAAUUAAUUUUCCAAUUUAUCUCGAUGAAAAACGAAAAGUGGUUCCUUUAUAUGUUCAUCCCGACAAAUAUGUUUCCACCAACCUUCUGUCAGACUCUUUAACUCAAAAUAAAAAGGUGGGAAGAUGGAAAAGGCGAGAUAUUGAAAUCCUCCUUGAUUAUAUUGAAGCCAAUAUGGAACAGUGGUUAUAUUAUAAAUAUGGACUUUAUAGAUUUUUGAAUAAACAUGUUUUUCCAUGUAGGAGUAUUCAUGAAAUAGAUCGUAAUAUAGAAGUUCGUGAUAUAGAAAUUAUAGACGAUGAUGAUGAUAAUAUAGAAGAUCGUAAAUCAGGAAAAGAUUUUAAUAAUGAAUCAUCACUAAGUGAUGAAGAUGAAUUCACUCCACAAAAAAGGUAUCAACCCAUUAGAUUUAGUAAUAAUAGAUGGUGGACAGUUGAAGAGAUGAUAACGUUAUUAGAAUUUCUUGAAGAAAAUGUUGAUUCAUUUUUAGAAAAUAAAAAAUUAUUUUGGUCAUGGAUGUCUUAUAACAUAUUAAAAACAAGAAAACCCUCGCAUAUUGAAAAUCGUUAUUAUUAUCUUAGUCCCAAUAAUCAAUAUAAAAAGAAAAGAAUGAAUCAUCCACAAGAAUUACAUAAUCAAAUUAAUAAUCGGGUAUAUAUUGAUCCAAUUCAAAUUCAAUCUAAUAGAGAAUUUGGGAAACGUUUAUUGAAAUAUUCAAAAGGAGAAGAUGAAGAAUUAUUAAGUAAUUGUUUUGGAAAUUCUAAUAAAAUAGGAUGGCCGGAAAAUUUAAAGGAAAUUUCAAAGUGA